AUUUUUAAAGAAAAAAUUUUCUGUUCGCCGCGUUGGUCUUUUACUGCCAUCAAAACACUGAAGCAAAGACUUCAGUCUCGUCAUUCAAAGUAUGCUUUAUAUUUUUGCCAAAUAUGAUCUCUAAUUGAAAGUUUACUUUUGGUUUUGGAUGAAUCUGUGGAACUUAUGUUGUAAGAAGAAAGGGGGAACGAGACACGAUGAAAGAGAAGUCCAAAAAUGCUGCCCGGACUAGGAGGGAGAAGGAAAACAGUGAAUUUUAUGAACUGGCUAAAUUACUGCCUUUACCCUCGGCUAUCACCUCGCAGCUGGACAAAGCAUCCAUAAUCAGGCUCACCACCAGCUAUCUCAAAAUGAGAGUAGUGUUCCCAGAAGGGCUCGGCGAAGCGUGGGGCCACUCGAGCAGGACCAGCCCCCUGGACAACGUAGGCCGCGAACUGGGCUCCCACCUGCUCCAGACCUUGGAUGGCUUCAUCUUUGUGGUGGCCCCAGAUGGGAAGAUCAUGUACAUCUCGGAGACAGCCUCAGUCCACCUGGGUCUUUCUCAGGUAGAGCUGACCGGGAACAGCAUUUACGAAUACAUCCACCCUGCGGACCACGACGAGAUGACGGCGGUGCUCACUGCCCACCAGCCCUACCACUCUCACUUCGUCCAGGAGUACGAGAUCGAGCGCUCCUUCUUCCUGAGGAUGAAGUGCGUCUUGGCCAAGAGGAACGCGGGCCUCACCUGCGGCGGCUACAAGGUCAUUCACUGCAGCGGCUACCUGAAGAUCCGCCAGUACAGCCUGGACAUGUCCCCCUUCGACGGCUGCUACCAGAACGUGGGCCUGGUGGCCGUGGGCCACUCGCUGCCUCCCAGCGCCGUCACGGAGAUCAAGCUGCACAGCAACAUGUUCAUGUUCCGCGCCAGCCUGGAUAUGAAGCUCAUCUUCCUGGACUCCAGAGUGGCGGAGCUGACGGGGUACGAGCCUCAGGACCUGAUUGAGAAGACCCUGUACCACCACGUGCACGGCUGCGACACCUUCCACCUGCGCUGCGCCCACCACCUGCUGCUGGUAAAGGGGCAGGUGACCACCAAGUACUACCGGUUCCUGGCGAAGCACGGCGGCUGGGUGUGGGUGCAGAGCUAUGCGACCAUCGUGCACAACAGCCGCUCGUCCAGGCCGCACUGUAUCGUCAGCGUCAACUAUGUCCUCACAGACACGGAAUACAAAGGGCUGCAGCUCUCCCUGGAUCAGAUCUCAGCCUCCAAACCAGCCUUCUCCUAUGCAGGCAGCUCCACUCCUGCCAUGACUGACAGCAGAAAGGGGGCCAAGUCCAGGCUCUCCAGCUCAAAGUCAAAGUCCAGGACUUCCCCAUACCCUCAGUACUCGGGAUUUCCCGCGGAAAGAUCUGAAUCUGAUCACGACAGCCAGUGGGGCGGCAGUCCUCUGACAGACGCGGCCUCCCCGCAGCUGCUGGACCCCGCGGACCGCCCGGGCUCUCAGCACGACGCGUCGUGCGCCUACCGGCAGUUCUCGGAACGCGGCUCUCUCUGCUACGGCUUCGCGCUCGACCCCUCCAGGCUGGUGGAGGAGAGGCAUUUCCACACCCAGGCCUGCGAGGGCGGCCGGUGUGAGGCAGGCAGGUACUUCCUGGGAGCGCCGCAGGCGGGGAGGGAGCCCUGGUGGGGCUCUCGCGCAGCCUUGCCCCUGACCAAGGCCUCCCCGGAAAGCAGAGAAGCCUAUGAGAGCAGCAUGCCUCACAUCGCGUCGGUCCACAGGAUCCACGGGCGAGGUCAUUGGGAUGAAGAUAGUGUGGUCAGUUCUCCAGACCCUGGGUCUGCCAGCGAAUCAGGUGACCGAUAUCGCACUGAGCAGUAUCAAAGUAGCCCACAUGAACCUAGCAAAAUCGAAACUCUGAUCAGAGCCACCCAGCAAAUGAUUAAAGAAGAAGAGAACAGGUUGCAGCUGAGGAAAGUCCCCCCAGACCAACUGGCUUCCAUUAAUGGAGCUGGGAAAAAACACUCCUUCUGUUUUGCAAACUACCAGCAGCCCCCAACGACAGGCGAAGUCUGCCACAGCUCCGCUCUUGCCAACACUUCACCAUGUGACCACAUCCAGCAGAGAGAGGGAAAGAUGCUGAGCCCCCACGAAAAUGACUACGACAACAGUCCCACGGCCCUGUCGCGGAUAAGUAGUCCCAAUUCGGAUCGCAUUUCCAAAUCCAGUUUGAUCCUAGCUAAAGACUAUCUACAUUCGGAUAUGUCUCCUCAUCAGACGGCAGGAGACCACCCUGCCGUCUCCCCAAACUGCUUCGGCUCUCACCGGCAGUAUUUUGAUAAGCAUGCUUACACAUUAACUGGAUACGCCCUGGAGCACUUAUAUGAUAGCGAAACUAUUAGAAACUAUUCCUUGGGCUGUAAUGGCUCCCACUUUGAUGUAACUUCCCAUCUAAGGAUGCAGCCGGAUCCAGCACAAGGACACAAGGGAACAUCUGUUAUAAUAACCAAUGGAAGCUGAUGUUUUUUCUAAAAUAUUUUGUUCUUUAAGGAUCUCUGAAAUAUAUUUAUCAUUUAAUGCCCCAUUACCAGCAUUUACAAUGCCACCGAUUGUUAGAGUGGAUAAUUUAAGUUACUGGGUAUUUGACAUGUGUUCUUGUGAAAUCAGAUAACAGCACUGGCAUUCAGGGUUAUACACAGGUAAUGGAGCUAAAGUGAAUACACAAAUUGCCCCUCUAUUUAUAUGGGAACCAGAAUAGAUAAAUUUUGAAUUGAAAAAUACUUGUGUAGAUUAAGUGAGCAUAUAUAUCACAUGAAAGGACCGAUGGAUGCCAACAAUCAUUAUGAUGAUCCAAUGAACUUCAUACACACAGACCACUAUCCACAAACUGCUAUAUAUACUUUACAUAUGGAAAUAUAGACUAUAUACCAUAAAUAUACCCCAAGUGGGUAAGUUUCCUUAACCCUAGCGCAUUAAGCAUCUUAAAGAAAUUUCCAUUCCCAAAAUAACUAAGAAAGAGAUAUAUCUUGUAAACUGGUUUCUUCUUUGUGGUUUCAACCAUCCAGCUCAUUUGGUUCAGGCAUAAAUUAGGGAAAUGGGUCUGGAUGUGAUACAAGAAUGAGUUUUCACCUGGCAUCCAUUAUAAGCAAUCAGGAAGUGGCGAUUUUUCACCUUACUUUUGGGUUAGACAAAGAACAGGAUCACACUGACAUAGCAGUAAGGGUUUUUCUAAGUAAAAACACUGAGAUAUUGGGACACACAUCAAAAGCCUGGUGUGCCCAACCGGAAAUAGAUUAGUAGAGAUGGAAAGGCCAGAGGCAGAGAAAAAUGAAAUGAUAUCUCAAAACAAACAAUUUCAGGGUCGGCAUAUGUAAUCAACAUAUUUGGGGCUUGUAAAACCAACCAAAUAAAAAUUCAAACUAAUUCACCAAGAAAAAAACGCUGAUAAGUGCAAAAAAAACAACCACAAAGAAGCAAACAACUAAGGGAAACCAGUGAAUGCUACAUGACAGCAGUGUGUUUGAACACAUUUCAAAGCACAGAUGUGCUAAUGUGACACGUGGAAAGCCUCAGGAGAGAGUCUAAGAUAAAAGCCUAGGCUGAUAGACAAGUGGUUAGAAGGGUAUGAGUAGUACUCUGACUGAAGGAACAGGCAAAGCGUUCAUUUUUCCAUAUUGUUUGUAAACAGCAAAAACAAACUUGGUCUUGAGUUCAUGUGAUACAGUAGAAAGACCAGCAGACUAGAUGCCGAGAUCUCUGAGUUCCAGUUUGACCCUGCCUGUAACUUAUUUUGGGAGCACAGAUGUAUCACUGACCACACCUGGGCCCCAAUUUCUUUACCUGUAUGGCAGCUCUAAAGUUCCAAGGGUCUGUGGUUCGUUUGUGCAGCAGUACUGAACUUGUUAACCAGUUAUCUCUCUGCUGUGAGUUGUCAAGGCUCAUCAUUCUGGCUUACCUGCACUCAUACAGAGGUCUAGAUGCUUUGAAACUUAAGCAGGUGCAUGGGCUCUUUUAGGCAUAUUAUAGUUACAAUCAACUUUCUAG